AUGGAAAUACUAUCUCUCGUCUCUAUACAAAAUGCACCAAUUCCGAGCUUUUUUAAAGAUGUUGUAGAUCUGAAGUGUUUUUGUAACCAGGCCAAGUCACUGUCUACUAGUGACUGUACCUCUCUAUUUCUCAAGGCUCUCUUAGAGGCUCCACAUCAAUACAACACUCUUCCGCUGCACUACCACCCGGCCGUACAGUUUUUGUCGAAGGAAAUGUCGAAGGAAACCAGAAGAGCUGUAUUGUUGCACGAUGGUGAUAUCUCUGGGGAUUGGAUGCAGCGGACUAGCAGAGGAUCAGGUGCUGGAUUACUUACUCUUACACAAUACGAUGUUUUCUUACAUUUUGUUGAUCCUUCUUGCUUGCCGUGUCUUCAUUUCAAUUCAACUAAGAACGCUAUACAACGACCCUUUACUAGAAGGGGUAAAAUUCUUCGCUCUUCCAAUCUCAAUAAAGACGGAUGCGGCUUGGACACCAUUAUUUCCCGAACUCCAAAGGGAUAUUCGCGCAAAAUCAAGCCGAUGUUGAUUCAGGGCCUUCUGAGGCUCUCUCUGACCACUUCGAAAAUGCAAGACAGUAGCUCGGCUAAGGAUCUGGCUUUGAGCCAGGAACUAAUCAAGCGUAUUAAUAUGCCUGCUAACCUCGAAACAGCUCAUAUUCGUAGUCAAGACUUUGAGACAUGUUUCGUAUCCAAAUAUACUGCAACCGUAGGAGAGCGAGACCGUUCGCUUGAACAUUUUACCUUCGACUACGCAACAGCCACGCCUUCUCCACUACUGCUCAAACGACCCUGUCCACAACCUCACUCUCUUUCAUCUCCCUACUCCUUCUCUCCCUCCCUCUACAUCUUUAUUCAAACAAUCGUAAACGUCUCAGGGGUUUAUGCGGAGAGCCAUUUUCAAGCUCCUGCUCUACGACACAUGCUAAGGUGGUGUUCAUUCAAGCUUGCAUUCACGAACCUGAAGUCUCAAAAGCAUUACCAUACACAUCUCUACCAUAGAGCCCAAGUAGUUCUUCAGAAUAAGAGGCUUAUCCCGUGCCGUAGCGUUCGGGCUGCGCCACCAUUGGAUGAAGCAGACAAAAUCGUCCUUUGCUCUUCAACUAGCAAGGUUGAUGUGAAGAGAAUGAGCAUUAAAUAUGCUGGGCUGGAACCCGUUGCAAAAGAGGGAAACCCAAUUGCUUGUCAUUCAUUCUACGGGACAUAUAUGCCUUGGCUAUAA